CUUUGCCCCACAUUGGCUGUUAAGCUCUUAAGUCAUUUCCGUUUCCUUUCGUUACUUCGGAGGAGUUUGUCUUAUUGACGUCAACACAUCUUGAAGCAUGGCUGGCCGACGAGCUGCACUGAAGGCCAUUGACUGGUUGGCUUUUGCAGAGAGGGUGCCUCCCAACCAGAGAACCAUGUUCAACAACCUGAAGACAAGAAGUGAUGCUAUUUCUGCAAAACUCACUUCUCUGCCUGAGAAACCUGCUGCCAUUGACUGGGCCUACUACAGAUCUGCUGUGGCUAAAGCAGGCAUGGUGGAUGAGUUUGAAAAGAAGUUCAGCGCCCUGAAAGUCCCUGAGCCUGUAGACACUCAGACAGCGCUUAUCAAUGCUCAGGAGGCAGAAGCGAACAAAACAGCCACCGCCUACAUUGAAGCGUCCAAGGCUCGCAUAGCCCAGUAUGAAAAAGAGCUGGACAAAUUCAGAAACAUGAUUCCAUUUGACCAGAUGACCAUUGAAGACCUGAAUGACACAUUCCCAGAAACGAAACUGGACAAAGAGAAGCACCCAUACUGGCCACACAAACCCAUAGCUGACUUGUAAAAAUGUGGCACACUAUCCAUAUUCUAUGUGCUGUAUCUUCCACUGCAGAAAACCUGUACAGUAUGUGUAUAAAAGUCUAGUCUUUUUGACCAUUCAGGAGUUUAUGAAAUGGAAAUGCUUUGUUUUUUGUCUGGAUCCACUGUCUGGAUGGAGUCAAAAAAAAAACAAAAAAAAAACCGAUGAUUUGUUUUCUUUCUUCUUAAUUAGACCUAAAUGAAUCUUCAAAGUGAGUUCUGAAAACAUGGUGCAAUGGUGUGAUCAGUAAAACAUGUUGAAGGUCACCAGUGUUCACAGGCCCAUUGUAAACAACCCCGCGGAUCCCACACAGGCAAACAACUGUUAUUUUAUUACUGGAUUUCUUCCCAAGGCGUCAUGAACUCAACUUGAUCUGUUGGACCUUGUUUUCUUUCUAAAUUUGGUAUGAAAUAUCCUCCAACACUCACUGAAAAUCCAGCCCUUGUGGAUACACUGAUGACUUUUUAAGUACAUACUCGGCCAAAUCAAUCUCAGCAGAAAGCAGAGUAUGGUUUCCUUUCUUUGUGGGGUCAGUGUUGUCUUUGGGAGCUCUCAGUAACUUGCCAGUUUUCUGCAUCAGCAGGGCACAAGCCUUCUCCUCUUUGUAUAUUUGCGCGUGUGUGUAGCUAGGUGCAGCUUCACACACACUUGGACUUCCGCCUUGUUGCGUCGAUACAUAUCGCAGAAUGUUAAAUUAGGCAGAUUCGAGUCAUCUGUCAGUACGCGGACAGCAUGUCGGCAGAACAAAUGACCGUCCAGCCGUUUUAUUGUGCUGUGUCAGUCUUGUUCUGGCUUUGUUAUGACUACAGCAUAAAUCUACGUUUCACCACAGCUGGAAAUAUGAGCGGUCUCUCUGGGAUUGAGAGAGACCUUAAACAUAAAACCUGCUUUCCAUGCUCUCAUUGCACUGUUAUUAUGGCUUUGGUUUGUGGGUUAAUACUGUACAUAGCUUUGUCCAUGGGUGCAGACCUAAUGCUGAUAAGUUAAGGAAUGCAUCCCAGCCUCAACAUUGUCAUUGUCUCAGGGUUCAGUGUCUAGUUGUUGAACAACACAACAAACUUCUGCGAUGUGACACUUUCCUCCUGCAGGGGGCAGUAUUUAUCUGAGAGAGCAAUAAAAAGUGGGCUUUACUGUCUAUCUGUGAAAAGACAAA